GGUUUUUAAGGAGAAAGAGAGAAGUCUGUGCUAGGGUGCGUCAGUAAGUCCUGAUUGACCCUGUUAGCCAGUGUAGCCAAAUUUUGAUUGCUGUUUUGUUUGGUGUUUUGGUAGCUGGACGAGUUUUAGUUAGGCAUAAGAUAAUGGCCAAAGGAACCAGACCCUGGUGGCUAGCUUUAAGAAUGGAAUCUAACAGUUUAGCAAGGCAGAGAGCAAGGGGGCCUUGAUGCCCCAUCUCCCAUCAAAUUCCUAGAGUACUCUAUACCCAGACACAGACUUUUCUUUUAUAUACAUUUUCUAUGAAGGAACUGGCCCUUCCUUCCCCUGGUACUUUCUGGAUUUUGCCGCAUUUCACUGAAAUUCUUAGGAAGACACCACUACCGCUGCUACCAUCACCAAUACAACCAGACACUGUUUGGGAGUGGCAGGAGCCAUCCCUGGGAUGCCGAAGAGGAAGAAACUUGUCUGGAAAACCAUGUCUUUGUUGGCACUGAAGGGGGGCGGGUAGGAAGGGGCUCAUUUGCUCCUGUGUUCCUGUCACCCCAAGGCCUGAGCCUGAUUUGUCACCCUCCGCAGUUGAGUUCCCAUGUUUAUACAACCCAAACAAGCCUAGUUCCAUGAUGGCCGGUGCUCAUCAUGAGUGUCCCCCCUUCCUUACCUGACAUUUAGUAUUUGCCCCAGGGUCCUACCGUCAAUCUGAACUUGGGACCUAACCUUUAGUGACAACCUCAGUCGGGAACCCUGGGGUUUCUCGUGGCGUUGGGGACCAUCAGUGAUGAUGGCGAUAGUGGGGAAGAACACAGCCCACUGUAGCAGGGUGCUGUGGACCGGGUCCUGUGAUGAACACAGCACUCACUACUCUGACUUCUUGAGUCCUUAUGGGACUGGUUUAGUUCUCUCCUGCUACCUUCAAACAUGUCACAGAAAUGUAGCAACUUAAAGCAGAGCAUGUUUACAAGGCCCUAGCUUGUGUGACUCAGGUUUGGAAGCUGUAACUUCAACGGCUCCUGUUCUCAAGGGUUGUAUAGGCAGAGUACUGCUUGAAUGCCUUCUCCCAGAAACGGCUGCGAAAGGACUUGCUCCUCACUCUGUAUGCUCGGGCCGGAGUGUCCUUCUAUCUGGUUGAUGAGCUAAGGGCCAUUAGUGAAGGGUUCGUCAAUGACUGUUGACCAAGAAGGUGCUCUAAGUUCUUUGCCAGAUGCUAGUAUGGCAACCUCAUGCUUCAGAGCUAAUCAUCUACUAGCAAGAUGGAUGAUUCCCUUCUUUUUAACGUAAUCAUGGAAACAGCUAUCAGCUCUGCCUUAUUCUACUCUCUAGAAUCAAGUCACUAGGUCCAAGCUCACACUCAAAUGGAAGGGAUUACUUAGGUAGCAUACAGGAGUCAUCAGUGACCGUCAUAGCAACCCGAACACCGACUGCAGAAAGAGGAAGGCAAAGGCUAGACUGCAAAGACAAUUCCAGGCACAGAAGAUGGACGUAGCUCAAGGUUAGAACUGAAGCUGACAUAUGUCGGGGUCAGCGGGUAGAAGGACGAAGUGCCUGCCAUUGUGUUUGAUCUGCAGCGUCUUCCUGUCUCCCCUAGCCCUAACACAAAGGCAGAACUAAGGAAAUGGUGGGUACGAGGGGAAAGGAUAUUAGUAGAAAUACCACAACGCUGCAUAGAUAAACACUGUCCCAUUGGAAAAGCAGACGACAAUGGAGGAGCAGAAAGCAUCCAGGCAAAAGUGACCCAGAAGCCCUCGUGGGAAGAAGUCUUUUGGCCUGGAUGUGCCAAGGUGUCAGUCAACAAAGGUAUGAAAGGUAGGAAGUAAGGCGUGAAGUGGAUCUAGAAUAAGGGGUUUCAACCAGUCUGACAAGAGGAACAAAGCAAACUUCAGGUAGAGUACAUUUCGGUAGCUCCGAGAAUACUUCGAAGGCAAUAUUAAACAGAGCCAAGGUGUAGGGGAGAGGGUGAGGAACAUGGACAGCAUCUGCAAGGAUAACUUUUACUUGAUAGAUCUUAGGGGGAAGGCUUCAGAUAUUUCAGGGCCUUUAAUCUGCUAGUGUGCCAUGGGAAGCUGUGUGGGGGACAAAGGGGGAAGUUGUAGUAGGAGACUUUCCCGACAUGAACUUUCUUGGUAGACCCGAUGGCUACAACAUGCUGCAGCCUUGUAGGGAAUGCUCUCAGAUCCAAGGCCUGUGGAUCCUUGUUGAGAGUGGGAGGAGACUUGGGUGAAACAUUUAUCAUGAACCAGGAACGGUGGCCUGCGCUCAAGUCGUAUAGAAUAAAUGCUAAGUACCUGUCAGCCAGUGGUGACAAUGGGAUGGUCACAUCUGCACCACAACAAUGGGAAGGAUUCCAAAGUAGGAUUUAAACAGCAGUUGUCUCCCCAUCCUCUCUUACAGCCAUCCCCACGUGCCCCCACAUAGUCCCUUCUCCAGAAUGUUCCUUUCCUAGAAUUCUCUCCUGUCAACAGAAGGAUCACUCCCUGGCCUGCUCCUGGGGGAAUUUCCCAAUAUCAGAGCCCUGGGGCAAUGAAGGGCAGAGUCACGGAGGUAGCAAGACAAAAACACCCAGAAUCCCUGAGAAAUGUCUUCUUAGUACAGAAAGAGAAAAUGAAAUCAGGAGAGGAUUCCUUGCCAGCCAACAAAAGCAAUAGUUUCCGGAGAGAUGUUAACUUCUGCAGCUUUUGGCGGGGAAUCCCCUACAGUGAGGGUUGAGAGACCAGUGUGCCUUUGUAAUCCAAACUUUAGGGCCUCUCCUCCAGCACCUGGGAGCAGCUGAGCUCCUACCCACGCACCAGGAGCAAACUGUCUACGUGCAACCUCCCCUUCCUGGAGGACACCGUGUGAUGAUUCCAGGUUCCCCCUGGAGGAUAUUACAGUAACUUUCAGUGGUUAAUGAAUAGCUUCCUGGUGCCUGCUUCACUUAAUUGUUCAAAGGCCAUUUAUUCCUGUGUAUAAGACUGUGACCUAGCUAAUGAGUGUACUUCCCCGAGAAAGCCUGGAAGCAGAGGAGUGGCAGGGUCAGACGGGCUCUGGAGAAGCAGGGAUGCAUAACAGGGGUAGUCUAAUCCUCUGUUCCCUCUCCCUCCUCGCAGGCUUUCUGAUGAUCUGCUUGGGGGGCUACUUCAUCUCCAACUCUGUCAUCCACUCUCAGAGGAAUCUGGUCAUGGCCUAUGUGCUUCUGCCUAUGGGGUUUGCGAUCCUCCUGAGUGGAAUUUUCUGGGCCACUUACCGCCAAGCAAAUGAAAACAAAGAGAUGUUCAACCGCGUGCUGAGAGAGCACCUUGCAUCCCAGGACCUGCCCCUGGCCACAGUCGACAGGCCCGACUUCUAUCCCCCGACUUACGAAGAAAGCCUGGAUGCUGAGAAACAGGCCUGCCCUGCAGGCAGAGGCCUCCUGGGAUUUCCCCCUCCUCUGUAUUCAGCAACAAACCUGGUCCUUGAAGAUGAGGAUGACCCGCGACCCGAGGCCCCACCACCCUACCAGGAGUGCAUGGCAGAUGCAGUGGUGCCAGCAAAGGCACAGGAUGCCGAGGGACCAAGCACAGUGCCAAGGGCAGGGCCUGCUCUCCAGCCCUCUGAACUCACCAGCUGCUGAGGGGACGGACAGGCUGGCCAGGGACUGGGAAGCAGCUCUGCCGCCCUGCAUUAGAGCAAGGCCACCGUGGGUUCAAGGGACUCGCGUUCAGCCUUGCCAGGGCAGUAUGGGAUCCUUGAGGGACAUAGCUACCAGCAGGAAGCUGGUGUAGAGAAUUCCCACGAAGCCCAACCCAAGGUGAACCUUAGACUGAAGAGAAAGUAGAAGGCCGGGCUCCCUUCUAACCCCGUGAUCUCAACUCAAGCCUGGAGGGACCCUUGCUGUGGGUGGGGCUGCAACAGCCCUUCACAUACUGUGCCAAAAGAGUCUCAAAGGGAAGAAGCCUGGGAGGCCGCAUUGGAGUCACCCACUGACUGUGCUACCUGAGAGACACCAUAGCUCACACAUAUCAUGGGAGGGGCCCUAGGAACCAAGGCACGUCAUUUUGUAUAGUUUUAUUUGAAUUAUCUAUGUUUUCUUUCUGUGUGAAAGGGAAGAGACCGCAAUAUUUGCUUUCAAAUGGUUCGAACACAAAGUGUAGAGUUAUCUCUUAAAGAGGUUCUCAUAUAGACACAUAGGGGUUCUUACAGAUUCAAGCUGACUAGAUAGAAUACUUAAUUUAUGAUCCAGGGAGUCAAGUGUGAUUGAUGCUAAUCCACAACUUAUCAUAAAGCUCGAGAAGUUUAAAAAAUGUUUAUAGGCAGUUUUCCAAUAUGCCCCCCCUUCAAAUUCAGAAUGUCAGAGAUUACAAACUGUAAGGCCAUGUCUCCACUACCAAGGAUGCUUUCUGUGUCUCAAGAUGGAGAACUAGACUUCUAGACUUAAAAAACCCAAUGGUCCCUCCUUGACUUUAAUUUCUUUGGGGGAGUUUUUAAAAUAAGAGAACAGGCUGGGUGGGGGGGAAAUGACAGGACACACAGGCUGGGGCUUUUAAACGUGAAUGAGAAUAUCCAUCUCCCGGCCUCACGUUCUUUCUCUAACCGAGUAAGGCAUCUGGGUCCAGGCUGAUAUCUAACAGUUAUGACACGCCUUUCAAGGGGUGAGUAGGCUAGCUCUCCCAUGCAUGUUAUUAGCCCCCACCCCAUCUUUAAGAGGUGGAUGCUACAACCAUUCCUGUUUUAGGGAUGUGUCAACCAAGGCUUUGAGUAUUCAGGAAAUGUAGUCAAUGAAACAGUGGCCUCAAGAAAAGUGAAUAACCUAAGGUCCACUAGAGGAGUUACUACCUCAGAAUUUUGAGCAGGUGGGCUAUUUUUUUUUCUCUUUCCGGACAUAGCUUUGAUUUCUUGCUCCAUGUCAAAAGUGA